AUGGCCAGCACCCCGGGGCCCUUCUCCUUUCCCAUGGCACACGUUGUCCUCUUUGUCUUCGUGGCUUCUGCCAUCUUUCACCUCCAGCAGCGACUGGCGAGGCUUCAACCCCCAGGGGAGGUGCAGACACCAGCGCCGCAAUCCGCAAGAGAGAGGCCCACAGCCCAGCAGCUCCAGGGCAUGUGGACCAUCAACGCAGUAGGCCGCCUGGGGAACCAGAUGGGUCAGUACGCCACGCUGUACGCCCUCGCCAAGCUCAAUGGGCGGCCCGCCUACGUCCCCGCGCAGAUGCACAGCACGCUGGCCCCCAUCUUCAGGAUCACGCUGCCCGUCCUGCCCAGCACCACGGCCCGCAGCGUCCCGUGGCAGAACUACCACCUCAACGACUGGAUGGAGGAGCAGUACCGCCACAUCCCGGGGCGCUACGUCCGCCUCACGGGCUACCCCUGCUCCUGGACCUUCUACCACCACCUGCGCCAGGAGAUCCUGCAGGAGUUCAGCCUGCACGAGCACGUGCGCGAGGAGGCCCAGCAGUUCCUCAGGGGUCUGCGGGUGAACGGGAGCCGGCCCAGCACCUUCGUGGGGGUGCACGUGCGCCGGGGGGACUACGUGCGUGUCAUGCCGCAGGUGUGGAAGGGCGUGCUGGCCGACAGGGGCUACCUGGAACAGGCCAUGCAGCGGUUCCGAGAGCGCUUCAGGUCCCCCGUCUUCGUGGUCACCAGCAACGGCAUGGCCUGGUGCCGGCAGAACAUCGAUGCCUCCCGUGGCGACGUGGUGUUCGCCGGCAACGGCAUUGAGGGCUCCCCCGCCAAGGACUUUGCACUGCUCACACAGUGCAACCACACCAUCAUGACCAUCGGGACCUUUGGGAUCUGGGCCGCCUACCUGGCCGGUGGAGAGACCAUCUACCUGGCCAACUACACCCUCCCAGACUCGCCCUUCCUCAAAGUCUUCAAGCCAGAGGCAGCCUUCCUGCCAGAGUGGACGGGGAUCGCUGCAGACCUGUCCCCGUUACUCAAGCACUAA